AUGAGCGAUGAAAAAUACAUAUCCAUCCACAAACUCACCAAGCAGUUCGGCCUCGUCCCAUCCACCCUGUCCAAGUGGGCCGAUGCUGGGAAAGUGCGAUACAUCCGCCCCAACGAGAACGGACACAGACUCUCCAAUGUGCGGGACAUUGAGCGAGUCUUCUGCCUCACCCAGCCCAUCACAACCAGGUCCAUAGUUUGUUACGCCAGAGUCAGUUCAUCCCACCAGCAAGCAGACCUCGAGCGACUCCAAGUCUGGAAACGAGAGCGAGAGCCAUACAUGGCUGCCAGCAAUGCUCUCCAGAAGCAGUACCCCAACAAUAAGUGGAAGAAUCGCCUUGGCGAGAUCCUGAUUCCAGAGCCACCGAAACCUCAUCCACCCAAGAAGAAGAAGACAGUCCUCCUGGAGCACCUGAGACAGCGCGUCGGUGUCCUUUCUUGCUACGACAAGGACCACUGGAUCUGCCAGACAGGUGUCGCUGCCGAUUUCAUCAACGAAGCAGUCCGAGACUUUGUCAAGAACUGGUUCUCGAACCAGAAGCGAUACCCCGCUUUUUUUUGGUAG